CACUACAAGCAGGCAGAUGCACGAAAGCCACAGAGACUGUAAAAGCUGAAGCAUGGAAUGUUUUACUUUCGUUCAGACUAUUCAAGCAUGAAACUGUAGACUGUAUGAACCGCUCCUGUUCUUCCUGUUUUUACAAGAGUUUUACAAGAACCUACAAAAUAUUUGCAGGAAAAAGUUUUGUACCAGAAGGGUUUUUAGCUGUGAAGUGGGUGUGUCAAUUGAAUAUAGUUGCUAAGCAUCCAAUGAAUGAAUCGGAAUCUUCAAAACUGUAGUAAAGUACACACUGCUUGAUAAAAUGGCAGCUAUAGUUUUAUUCAUCUUUUGUUUUUUCCCCAAGAUUGAGCAUAUGUUGUGCAAUAUGCAUCAGUUGCAUGAAACCAGCAAUUCAGUUGCAAACUUUUCACAUAAAUCUUUGAAAAGUGUUCCAGAUAAUAUACCACUGUCUACAACUGUGUUGGAUUUGUCGUAUAAUUCUAUAGAUAACGUUUUACUUUCAGAUUUUAAAAAUAUGGCCAAUCUGCAAUCUCUGAAUCUUUCUAACAAUCAAAUAAAACACUUUGACAACAAUGUUUUUGAAUUCAAUAAGUAUUUAAGUUACUUAGAUUUAUCUCACAAUUUACUGGAGAAUAUACUGGGAAACUUUCCAAAAAAAUUGAAUCAUUUGGAUAUUUCUUACAAUGAUUUUGAAACUAUGUCUGUGUGCCAAGGUUUGGGUCAUCUUCUGUAUCUCAAAUACCUUGGACUUGGAGCUAGUCGAAUUCAGAAGUCUGAUUUUGAAGCUAUUGUAGGUUUACAUCUGCAAUCUGUUUUCAUUGAACUGCAAAGGAUUUCAAAUUAUGAAAAUGGCAGUCUCCUAAUCCUGAACACAAGGAAACUUCAUCUUUUCUUGCCAAAUAUUUACAAAGACCUUCUGGACAAUGUGUUUUUUGAUGCUGUCAAAACAUCCCGGAUUUUAGAAUUGUCAAAUAUCAGAAAAUGGAAUCUACAAAAAGAUCUAAACAAAUAUAUUUCAGAUAUUGCUAGAAGUUCACAAGUAACUCAUUUAAUCUUAAAUCAAGUUGAUAUGGCCUGGGGUAUAUUUGCUACAACUUUGCAGAAUAUUUGGCACUCUUCUGUUGAGAUUUUGUACUUGCAUAAUUUAGUUGUACGUGAAAGUAUUUUUAAAAUAGACUUUGAUUAUUCAAAUACAUCAAUGAAAGUAGUUUUUAUAGACAAAGUUGAAUUAACAGAUUUGCUGUUUGAUCAAGGUGAUCUGUACAUACUGUUUUCUGAAAUGAAUAUUGAGAACUUGACAAUAAAUUCUGCAGAAAUGCUUUAUAUGCUUUGCCCUUCUAGCCCUAGCACUUUACAGAGUAUUACAUUUUUUAACAAUGCAUUGACAGAUGAUCUUUUUCAAAACUGUGUAAAUCUAACAAAGCUGAAAACAUUGCAAUUAGGGCAGAAUAAGUUAGAAAAGUUAUCUAAAGUGAGUUCCAUGACAACAAAUAUGAGGUCUUUGACAUAUAUAGAUGUCAGCCGAAACCACAUAAGUUAUAAUGAGGAGGAGUGCAACUGGUCUGAAAGUAUUAUUAGCUUGAAUUUGGCAUCUAAUAGUUUAACUGAAUCUGUUUUUAAAUGUUUACCUGUAAAUAUUAAAUCCUUGAUACUAAAGAAUAAUGAAAUAUCGUCUAUUCCCCAGAAAGUCUUACAUGUGAGCCAUUUAGAGGAGCUUAGUCUUUCAGCCAAUCGUCUUAUUGAUCUUCCUGUGUGCACACACUUCAGCAGCCUCACACUGGUCAAUGUAGAGCAUAAUCAAAUUUUUUACCCAUCCGCAGAGUCCAUCCAAAGCUGCCAGGGUUUAAAAAGUAUAAAAGCUGGACACAAUCCAUUUCAAUGUAAUUGUGACUUAAGGAGCUUUAUCAAUCUACAAAAAAAGUCACCAGAAAAAAUUAUUGGAUGGCCAGAUUCUUAUGUGUGUGAAAGUCCAGAGGAGCUCAAAGGUAUAAAGUUAAAUACUUUGUAUGUGCCAGAAAUACAGUGCAAUGUUUUGUUAUUAAUACCUAUUAUUGUUGUCCCAACUGUAAUUUUGAUUGCUGUUAUUUUUGGCCUUUGUAAGUAUUUUGAUGUACCGUGGUUUUUAAAAAUGCUUUGGCAAUGGACUCGUACAAAGCACAGAAUUAAAAGUUCAAAUAAGUCUGAUCAAUUGCUCCAUAAGGAUUUUUUCUUUCACGCCUUUAUUUCUUAUAGUGAACAUGAUUCCUCUUGGGUUAAAAAUAUUUUUUUACCAACUAUAGACAAUGGCUCUUUACGGAUUUGUCAACAUGAGAGAAAUUUUGUCCCCGGCAAAAGCAUAAUUGAAAACAUUAUAAACUGUAUUGAAAAAAGCUAUAAAUCUAUUUUUAUUCUAUCACCAAAUUUUGUUCAGAGUGAGUGGUGUCAUUAUGAACUCUACUUCGCACAUCAUAAACUAUACAAUGAACACAAUGAUAACCUAAUCCUUAUUUUGCUUGAACCCAUCCCUCAGUAUCUUAUCCCCUCAAGAUACUAUAAAUUAAAAGCUCUAAUGACUCAAAGAACAUAUCUGGAAUGGCCCAAGGAGAGAAGCAAACAUAGUUUGUUUUGGGCUAACCUAAAGGCAGCUAUAGACGUUAAGUUACCAGAUCAUAAUCUGGAAAGCAGCGGUUCAGAAUUAAGUAUUUCACAGUCAUCAAUUAUUACAGCAUAGAUAUAUUUGAAACAUAACACAUAUUAGUGUGAAUACCUUGGGUCAGAAUAAUGUUUAUAUUGUUAUUAGCAACUAGUUUUAUCCAUUGAAAUUGAGAUUAAUAUAUUAGCUUGUUUUUUUUAGAGAGAUGUAGCAUGAAAAUGACAUGCUCUAAUUCAUGCGACUGCAGUUGCUGACUGGUUUAAUGGCUACUACUGCGCCUACUUGGGACAUGCCGUCAAUGACCUUUGAAAUAAUGUUAGCUUAGCAUAUAAAGCAGGGGUAAGCAAACCUUUUCUGUAAAGUAAAACGCAAAACUUAAAUUAAGAAAUUCUGCUGUGAUCCCAUUUCAUUUUUUUCAAGUUCAAUAACGGUUGCUUUCCUUCAAGCUAAGCAUAUUAUAUUGACCUAUAUAUUGUAGUGCAUCAAGCAUCAGUGCAAACUGUCCUCACGCCACAUUCAGUCUCUGUUGCAACCAUGUUGUUUUAGUUUCAAAGAGGUCAUAGAUAACUGAUCAUUGUAGCUGUAUUUCCAAUGAAACUUUAUUUAAGAACAAUGAAAUUUGAAUUUAAUGUAAUUUUCAUGUAAUUUUUUUUUUUUUUUUUUUUUAAAUGUUAGCUUGCGGGUCCAUACAAAAACAGGAUUCAGGCCUUCUUUGGAGUCUGGGAUAUACUUUAACUACCCCUGUCCUAAAUAUCAUAUAAAUAACAUGCUGUCAAUUCUACUUUUAUUUUGUCUGUAAAUUCUGUAAAUGUACAUAUAUAAUGCUGCUUUUAAUAUAUUGUCAAAUUUAAUUAUGUAAUGUCAAAUGAACUAUAUUUUUAUUAGUAGCUGUCACAUAGAUAUCAACUUUAGUAGUACAUGAGUUUUAUGGACAAUUUUUUGUUUAUUACUCACUGGAUUAUUAGCUAUAGUAUUAUUAUUUUUUAUUAGCUUUAUUUGUAUUUGAAAUAAUUGUCCAGUGUGUGCUUACAUAACCUUGUAUAUUAUCUAAGUUUUGCAUUUUUUUAUUGAAUUGUAAAAUCAUUUUUUAAUUGAAUUUUGUUAACUUAAUUUUCAUUUGUGAUUUAAAACAAUAAAAUAAGUUAUAUUACA